GCACAGCUGGGACUGCUGAAGCAGCUGGAGAAAGCAGAUCGCGAGCCAAGCGCAGAGCCUCGUGCGGCAGCAGCUGCAUCAGGAGUUACGGAACUAAACCAGGAGCCCCUCAGACCCAGAAAAGAAAGACAAGCACCUGCAGGACAAUAGGACAUCUAUCUUCCUGCUUUGCAGUUAUCCCCGAGCUGAGCUGCAACUCCCAAAGGCAGAGACCGUAGGUCCGAGAAGCAACAGCUGCAAGGAGGCAUUGCAAAGGACUGGCGAUGCCAUUUGGCUGUGUGACGUUAGGGGACAAGAAGGACUAUAACAGCCCAACGGAAGUAACGGACAAAUAUGAUCUUGGGCAGAUUAUUAAGACAGAGGAAUUCUGUGAAAUUUUUCGGGCCAAAGAGAAGUCCACAGGAAAGACAUACACUUGCAAGAAGUUCCUGAAAAAAGAUGGCAGAAAGGUGCGAAAGGCAGCGAAAAAUGAAAUUAUGAUUCUCAAGAUGGUAAGACAUCCAAACAUCCUGCAGUUGGUAGAUGUUUAUGAGACCAGGAAAGAAUACUUCAUCUUUAUGGAACUUGCCACAGGAAGAGAGGUGUUUGACUGGAUUCUAGACCAGGGAUACUAUUCAGAACGAGACACAAGUAAUGUCAUCAGACAGGUUUUAGAGGCUGUAGCAUACCUUCAUUCGCUUAAAAUCGUCCACAGGAACCUGAAGCUGGAAAACCUUGUGUAUUUCAACCGGCUGAAGAAUUCCAAGAUAGUGAUAAGUGAUUUCCAUUUGGCCAAGUUGGAGAAUGGCUUAAUAAAGGAGCCAUGUGGAACACCAGAAUACCUGGCUCCUGAGGUUGUUGGACGCCAGAGAUAUGGUCGGCCAGUGGACUGCUGGGCAAUCGGGGUCAUCAUGUAUAUACUAUUAUCUGGGAAUCCACCAUUCUAUGAUGAAACAGAUGAUGAUGAUUAUGAAAAUCAUGAUAAGAAUUUGUUCCGGAAGAUUUUGGCUGGGGACUAUGAAUUUGACUCUCCUUACUGGGAUGACAUCUCAGAGGCUGCCAAAGAUCUUGUGGGUCGCUUAAUGGAUGUUGACCAGGAUCAGAGAAUUACAGCACAGGAGGCCAUCAGCCACGAGUGGAUUUCUGGAAAUGCAGCUUCGAGUAAGAACAUUAAAGAUGGUGUCUGCGCACAGAUUGAGAAGAACUUUGCCAAGGCAAAAUGGAAGAAAGCUGUGAGAGUUACAACGAUCAUGAAGCGCCUUCGAGCCUCUGAAAUGGCGGAUUCAGCAGCCUCCCCCCUGGCAUCGGUAGCAGCAGCAGCAGCGGCGGCGGCACCCGCCUCAACCAGUGAAUCAGAGAGCAAAAGUCCAGAAGCUGAAGCCCCCAAGACCCAGCCUGAUAAUUCUGCAAAAGUGGGUAUUACUGUGGAGGAGCCAUCACCACGGUGUAACGGUGAUAGUGGUCCCACCCACAGCCCAGCUGUUGAAGCCUGGGACAAGCAGACUGGGUGAUCACAACAAGUCUCCAAGAAGGGGGUUUAUUACUAAUGUAAUAUAGUUGUUGGCAUGAUGUUGAGAUCUUUGCUUCUAAAGAGGUAAAACUAAUUAAGUAUUCCUAACAGUGCCACACCCUGAGCCUAGCGGCGCUUGUCUGAGCAAUGAAAUGCUAUGGACCUGAGCGGAGCUGUACUAAAUACUUUUCUGCUCCCCUGUUGAGCUUACACUCCUUCUCCUGUUCCCAACUGCGCAUUUUUAGAUGUACAAAAAUGACUGUACGUGUGUGUGCAAGAAAGAGAAUGCAAGUGCGUCUGCAGACACUACAUUUUGUUACCCCACAUCCCAUUUCUGAUCACAUUGUAAGUGCCUGACUGUCUUUCUUUCUGCAGGCACACAGUUAAAGAUAAAACAAUGUUGUGAUAACUUAAAACUACAGCUGUUAACGGUACAGUGGGUUUUAGCUGAGGGUGGUCCUCCCCUAGAGUGAUUUAUAGCCAUUCUUUAAUAAUAGUAUGUAUUGCAAGAUUGCUGUUGAGUAUCCUUCAUUUUUCUGCCUAGACCCUUCUUACUUACCAGUGCAUGGACUGUCGCUAUUUAUGUGUGUGAAUGUCUACACGUAUGUAUGAUUAUUUGUAUAUAUGAAUUAAUUUAUUUAAUUUAUUUAUUUGUUUGCUUAUUAUGAACUUUUGGCUAUAUAACUCACUGCAAUAAAGCCUUUUUAAAGGUU